AUGGAUCUGGAAUUCAGAUCAAGUUUCAUCGUCAGUGACAGUUCGAUCGUCGAGGAGUCGUCGUUUAGUUAUUAUCUGCAACCUUUACCUACCAAACGCAAGCCAGAGAUUUGUCCUCGCGUUUCGCAAAUCGACACCGUCGAAGGCUACUGCAGCAGUGCCUCGGACAAAUCGGGCGAUGGCAGUGAUGAGGAGAAUAACAGCGCUGACCUCUUCGAUUCGUUUACCAAUAGCUCGUCGUCAGUGUUCGAGAAAGAGUCAGUUAAAAACUGCGGCGAUUCUGAAACCUCAGGUACAAAAGAACUAUUCAAGCAUAAAUAA